GACACUUAGCACUCGCCUUGACACACUAUUCUAGCAUCUGUCGGAUAUCUUAAUUUAUUAAAUGAGGUUCCGAGCGCUCACCAACGCCGAAGGGGGAAAAAUGGGUGGCAAUCUAUUGAUUUAAUUAUGGAUAAUUUCAGCAUCGAUUCAACUCCAUCAGAGCGACCAAGAGACUGACUGUGAUUUUAUUCUUUCUCCCUUCUCCCUCUUCCUCUUCUCCUAGUCAGCUCAAGGGUUGAUGGGAUGUGCUAGGAGUGCAGGCAAGCAGUGAACUCCAGCGUUCAAGUUGUCAUACAGCGCUCCGAGCUGUCAGCAGUGGCCGAGUUUGCAGAGAGAUACCAGGAGUAAGUAGGUGACCCUCUACCGACUCCGUCAUCAUCUUACGGCGAGUGCCACAACCUACAGCAGGGGCAAACCCGACCCCCCUCCCCAUCACGCACGCGUGUCACGUUCCCCAUCUCCAGUCAGCGCAGGUUACUUGCCCGUUUUUGUUUUAUGUUGGCUAAAUCGUCACCCCGAUAAUCUUUUGGACGGUGAUUUCUUUAUGGAGGUACGCGAGAGAGGGCUUAUUUUGUAGACGGUGUUUUUACCACGGUGCUGUGAGCGGGAGUGUGCCGUUAAACGGUUUAUCAUGGAUCAGUUUCAGUUUAACACAGUUCUUGCUUCGCUAUUCCUAUUCAAUGUCAUCCAAGCUAACAACACCAUGAUGUUCUCCUAUGGCUGUACACUGUGUACCACUGGAACCUAUCGACUGGUGACGACUCUAAUGCAGAACUAUUCCAAAGUUGUUCGUCCGGCCGAAACUCCCGAUGAUGCUAUUGUUGUACGGUAUGGAGUGGCUUUACAACAAAUCAUUGAUAUGGACGAGCGAAAUCAAAUUCUGACAACAAACGUCUGGCUCCGACAGCACUGGACGGAUGCCAGUCUCCGGUGGGAUCCUGCUGACUUUGACGGCAUUUCCAAAAUAACUCUACCCUCCCAAGAUAUCUGGAAGCCUGAUAUAGUACUGUACAAUAUUGCAGACGACAAAUUUGAGGGUAUAAUGAAAACCAACGCUGAGAUCACAGCCAACGGAGACGUCUCAUGGUACGCUCCAGCCAUCUUCAAAUCCUCCUGCAAGAUAAACAUCCAAUACUUCCCAUUCGAUGAGCAGCAAUGCAAGCUCGACUUGGGAUCAUGGGCCUUCAUGACCAACCAACUCGACCUUCUUAACAAGUCCGCGUCCGGGGAUACUGCUAACUUCAUCCACAAUGGGGAAUGGACACUGAAGGGCAUGCCGGUGGAGAGAGAGUUGGCCACGUACGCUUGUUGCGACUAUCCAUACUCCCUUCUGCACUUUACUAUCAUCAUUCAACGACGGGCACUGUUUUAUGUCUUUAACCUAUUGGUACCCUGCAUGCUGGUUUCUGCAUUGACCAUGUUGAGUUUCUACCUGCCUGCUGAUGCUGGAGAGAAGGUUACGCUGUGCAUUACCAUACUGCUUUCUCUUACUGUGUUUUUGCUCCUGGUGGCUGAGACCAUGCCUCCUACGUCAGAUGUCAUCCCUUUGAUAGCCCAGUACUAUCUAACCACCAUGAUCCUGGUGUCCGUCUCCACGCUAAUGACAGUCAUCGUACUCCACAUCCACCACCGAGGAGCCUACGCCAGUCGCCCACCAGCAUGGUUCCGUAAGCUCACAAUGGACUACCUAGCUCGCGUUCUAUGCCUCCGUAGCUGCCGAAGCCUACACGGCGCCCAGACCGUACCCCGGAUAAGCUUCGAAAAUGCACCCGCAAUGAGAGAGGUGAACAACACCAUGUUCAAGAAUGUGAACGAAUGCAAUCAGUUAGAGAUGAAUAACAUGGUGUCAGCCAAACGGGAUGGUUUGUACAUGGGUCGGAGGAACAAACUUCAGCAGACCUUAGAUUUAAUCGCUGGGAACCUAGGGAGGAUCGUGGACAGAAUGGAAGAGGAAGAUUUAGACAAAGAGUUGAGAUUUGAAUGGGUGAGAAUAGCUUACAUCAUCGAUAGGCUAUUUAUGUGGGUGUUUGGUAUGACCACUAUCAUUGCUACAAUGAGUAUCAUUUUACAAGUGCCAUCGUUUGGUUAAAUUGCUUAAAUACUUACUGUGCAAUGAGGAAAGUUAUACUUUGUAAUUAGUGACACUUCAAACUGCAAGUGUUCACGUGUGAUUUACCAAUAAACCUGUAUUCUUUUUUCAAAAUAAUGUUGUCAAUGAGAUGUUGAACCUGGGCUAAUUAGCCUUUUUGAUGUAUGGUUGACAUUAAAAGAGUACAUGGCAGCUGUAUUUGUAUACAGACAAGUUCACCCAAACAUAAUAUUUAUAGUGCGUAGUAUUGUGUCAACCAUAUCUCAAAAUGGCUUAAGGGCAUUGGCUAACAUUUUAAUAGUCUCAACAUAGUUCAAACUAAGUUCAACUAUUACGUAAUAAAAGUGUAACAAUAAAACUAUAUUACUCUUUCUAAAAGCUUUUGUAAACUUGUAUAGCAAUAAGCUUAUUGUUUCAAAUAGGCCUACUUCACUGACUGGGAAUCAAUUCCAAUCGUUCAAACGUUGCUUUUCAAAUCAAUAACACACAAAACAAGAGACAAUGCUGGUUGUGUUUAGCUAUUUUCUUGGCAUUUUAAAAGGACUUUGUUUUUGCUGCAAAUAGAAUAAGUUUGCGUUUGUGUUCCGUUCAAACUAUCAUAAUAAUUUAAUUGCCAUCGAUUAUAUCAUAUUUUACAUAUGUGGUAUCAUUUUUAUGAAAUGUACAAAAACUAAUUCUUAAUGCAUGGCUUAUUUGAUUAAAAUUUUAAUGUUUUAUAAGUGGUCUUAAUUUUUGGAACAAUUUUCAAAUGCUUCUACAUUUUAAGACUGGAAGUUUUUACGAAAAUGUUAAGUCCUUUUUUCCGAAGCUGUGUUGAAUUGACAAUGGAAAUUACUGAAACUCCCAAAACAUAGAAACGGGGGGGGGGGGUCCGACAACCUUUGUGGGGCUUAACAUUCCAAGAACAAAACAAUUGCAAGACAAAGGCCUAUCCAAAUAUGUCUGCUGCUUACUGUACUAAUUUAUGUACGGAAUCAAAACCAAUAUUCCUAAUUAGUUUAGGGGUCACACGAGAAAAGAACAUUUAAUUACGAAAACCAAGGAAAUCAAUCUGCGAUCUGGUGCUGUUUUUCUUUUUGUUUAGGUUUUGUUUCCAGUAUUUUAGUUUUGUUAUUAUUUUGUUAACUUUUUCUCUUUUGCGGGGGCGGUGUUAAUGGCUCCGAGCGGACUGAGCUACGCCCCCCCCCCCACCCCCAACCCCACUCCCUUCUGCUUACGCGUCCACAGUUCCGAUGAAACAAAAAUGAUGUAAACCUGACAAGCUGAUGUCAGAAUAAAAUUAUCUAUAAAUGAUUUGAAACCAGCGUUCACCAGAAACCUUCGGUGUUUUCUCCACGUAUUCGUAUUACAAAGUACAUUAGGAUGAUGUCAAAUGAAGCUUGUAGAAUUUGUUGGGGUUUGUGACAACGGGCGAUCUGAUUUGAUUUACCGCUUCUGUGAUAAACUGCAUCCUUAACCAAAUUUCACGGACAGUAACUUAUGGAUUUUGUACUCGGAGGUGCAAUGCAGCAAAUGAUGCAUCCCCAUCCAUGCACUGUUAAAGGUCAUGUUUACCUCACAAAAUGGCGUAAUGCUGAUUUUGAACAAAACUAUUUAUAUAUUUUGGUCUGGGACUGUUCACGUGUGAUUUUCCCUCGGUUGGCUGGUUAUGUCGGAUCACGUUGGUGAACUGUACGCAUGGAUGAUUGUUUCUGGUGACAGUUGUUUUUGUCUAUAUUAUACACAUAAUGAAUGUUUAUGAGUGCAAUGGUGCAAAUAUGUUCAUGAGUUGAAAGAUGGAAUGUUCUA